UUUUUCUCGGUUACAAUGAUUUUUCUCGUUUUUUUAAUUUUGCUUUGUAAUUGUUGUGAAAAUGUUCAGGAACCUCGACCCAUCGGAACUGGACACAACUCCGCUGCGAAACCAUUCGGUGGGGUCGGUGGGAUCGGCGGAGGUAACCCUAGACUUCCCGCUUUGGUGCAUAAACAAUUCAAUUCACCACUUAACUUAUACUCUGAGAGUAACAUUAAGGAAACUCUUCAAGCUCAUACGGAGCAAUUGGCUCCUGGUGUUAUGGGAAUUAAUUUUAUGAAACCUGAUGCUCCCGUUAAUAAGCAUUCGGCUGUUUAUCAAGCGAUUUUAGAAGAAGAACAAAGUAAACAGAAAGAAGUUCAAUCAGGAACAAUUGGAACACCAACCCCAAUAUCACCAUCUAAUUCACCUCGUCUCGGAAUUGGUUCAAUUACCAAGCAUGUUGAAGCCCCAAUUUCCCGUGGACCCAAUAGUUCAUCAAUGGGUGACCCUUCACAAUCAUCAAUUAAUACUUGUGGUCAAUGCGGUGGAUUAAUUACCGGUGUUUUCUGUCGGAUUCGAGAUAAAUCCUUACACGCUGAGUGUUUCAAAUGUGCCACUUGUGGGACAUCCCUUAAGAACGUAGGCUACUUUAAUGUCAAUGAUAAACUUUAUUGCGAUGCUCAUGCAGGACAAGCAGCUCAACAUUUGGCUAAUUCAACUGGACAAUCAAACCUUGAACCAGUUACCGUAAGACCUGGAGCAGCAAUACCAAAGGAUGCAAAUAUCAUCGGAAUCGGAGGGAUUCCUCAGAAUGUAUCACCGACCCCUGGAAAGAUGAGUUCACCACGAAUCACGAUACCCUCACCAACGCAACCUUCGAGCAUAAUAGAUCGACCUACAUCACCUUCCGUCCUUGGGGCAGUACCUUGGCAUCAACAAAGCCCUGGAAGUAUCCAUCAUGUUGAUGCUCCUCAAAGUCCUCGACUUUUACAAACAACAACACCGAUGAUGAAUCAAGUUAAUUCGGCUCCACCUCCUAUGGUUGCACCUAAACCACAGUACAAACCAAUGGGAUCUCAAUCGCCGAAUCUUUAUCAAAGUCAUCCCCAUCCUUACACUGCUCCAUCACAAGAUGUUCACAAGGAUGUUUCAGGUGGUUCCAAAUUUACUUGGCCCCCACCGAAACCAGUGACCCCGGUUGGUACUCCAGAGGUACCACUUUCAAUUUCAACCCAAUUACCUGGUUCAAUGCCCACCCCAUCAAUGGUACCACCUUCAACUGGCCCACCAACAUUUAGACCUGUCCCUCCGCCCGGAGGUCAAAGGCCAAUGAGCACCUAUGAGCCUCCCAAAAUAUCAACACCAAGUAACGCAACUUCCAAUGUAAACUUGCCGUCAGGAACUACCACCAAUUCAACACCAACCACUAUCGGUCAAUCAUCAAUACCCGGUUCUCGACCCGCUCCUCGUCGAGGUCGAGGUCAACUAAAGCCUCAGGUCGGUCCUGGAAUACGAAUUCCCAUUUGUUCGAGUUGUGGUUCACCGAUAAGAGGUCCGUUCAUUGUGGCCUUAGGAAAAACUUGGUGCCCUGAACAUUUUCAAUGUGCGAACGCGAGUUGUCACCGAUUACUGGAGGACAUUGGAUUCGUCGAGGAACGAGGUGAACUUUAUUGCGAAGUUUGUUUCGAAUCCUAUUUGGCACCAAUAUGUGCUAAAUGUGGAAUUAGAAUUAAAAAGGAUUGCUUGAUGGCUCUGGAAAAACAAUGGCACCCCGAGUGUUUUAAUUGCAAUUACUGUAAAAGGCCCUUUGGUAAUAGUCAAUUCUAUCUCGAAGAUGGCCUUCCCUAUUGCGAAAAAGAUUGGAACGAAUUGUUUACCACUAAAUGUGUCGCCUGUGGAUUCCCAAUUGAGGCUGGUGACCGAUGGGUGGAAGCCUUGAAUAACAAUUACCAUUCAACGUGUUUUAAAUGUACCAUUUGCCAUAAAAAUUUGGAAGGUCAAAGUUUCUUUGCCAAAGGAGGUCGACCUUUCUGUAAAAGUCAUGCAAGAUGAACGACAACGGAAAAGAUGACCUUAAAAACUACAAUAAACCAACGGGACAAAUAUAAAAACGAUUUCUCUGCCAACACCACCGCUGCCGCCACCCAAGGUCCAAAUGCAAUCUUCAACUCUAAAAGUGCCAAUAAUCAAAGAGGAAAAAAACCGAAAAACAAUCAAAUUAAUAUAAUAUUUAACUAAGGAAGUGAAACAUCAUGAGAGAUAUUAAAUUAAACGAUUAAAAAGUCUUACUUUUUGAAAAAAAAGACGAGAAAAGAAAAUUAAAAUCCCUCAAAUAAUUGAUAAAUUGUUCAAUUUUUCUCUGUUAAUUGUGAUUCUUUUUCCUUCUAUUCUCACCUUUACUCUAUUGUUUCAUCUUUGUCCAAUUUCCUUUUCCGCCUUUUCUCCUGAUUGUCCGAAAAACAAACAAACAAACAAAACCAAAUUACGUUUCAUCAUUUUCGUUUCAAUGAAGAAAUAUAUUUAUCUCUAUUGAAAAUGUAAUCAACUCCAGAAGCAAUUGUUGUGGUGGCGACUAGAUAUUGAAAGUAGAUUAAAAAAAUACUAUCACUUA